AUGCCCGCCGCAAUGGGAAUCAAUGGUUUCGGCCGCAUCGGGCGCCUAGUCUGCCGCGCGGGGCUCGGUAACCCAGAGGUCGUCGUGAAGGCCAUUAACGAUCCUUUCAUGGACCUUGAUUACAUGGUCUACAUGCUCCAGUACGAUUCGGUUCAUAAGCAGUAUCCAGGCACAAUAACCACUAAGAAGGUGAACGGAAAGGAGUUCUUGGUCGUGGAUGGGAAGGACAUCGCGGUAUUCCACGAGAAAGACCCCGCCUCAAUCCCUUGGGGAGCCUCGGGCGCCAUGUACAUCUGCGAGAGCACCGGUGUCUUCACCGCUAAGGAGAAAGCCGAGCUGCACAUACGUGGUGGUGCCAAGAAGGUUAUCAUCUCCGCGCCUCCCAAGGACUCCGUACCCAUCUACGUCGUGGGUGUGAACCACACUGAGUACAAGACCUCCGACACGGUGGUGUCCAACGCGUCUUGCACAACCAACUGCCUGGCACCGUUGACCAAAGUGGUGCACGAGAAGUUUGGCAUUGUGGAGGGGCUCAUGACUACGGUGCACGCAAUGACGGCUACGCAGCUCACGGUGGACGGGCCGUCCCGUGGCGGCAAGGACUGGCGCGGAGGCAGAUGCGCUUCGCAGAACAUCAUCCCGUCAUCUACCGGGGCCGCCAAGGCCGUUGGCAAGUGCCUCCCCGCGGUGAAUGGCAAGCUCACUGGCAUGGCCUUCCGUGUUCCGACGCCAGAUGUUUCGGUGGUGGAUUUGACAUGCCGUUUGGAGAGGGGCGCGAAGUACGAGGAGAUCGUGGCUGCUGUGAAGGAGGCCGCGGCGGGACCCAUGAAAGGCGUCCUGGACUGGACCGACGAAGAGGUGGUGUCUACCGACUUCGUGAGCUGCAAGGCCUCGUCGAUAUUCGACGUCUCCGCCGGCAUCUCCCUGAGCGACAACUUCGUCAAGCUGGUCUCUUGGUACGACAACGAGUGGGGAUACUCCAACCGCCUCGUGGACCUGUGCUGCCACAUGUCGAAGCGGGACGGCCGCGGCGGUUCCGUGGGAUGCCUGCCAUGUAUGAAAUGA